AUGAGUAACGAGGACAGUGUCAAAGAUCAGUUUUAUGAAGAACUUUGCCAAUGCCUUACCAGCAUACGUUCAAGCGAACAAAUACUGCUGCUAGGCGAUUUCAACGCGAGGGUUGGCAGAGAUUCUGAGUCGUGGCCGGGCGUGAUUGGAAAUAAUGGUGUGGGCAAUAUGAAUAGUAACGGACAAUUACUACUCACACUCUGUGCCCAAUUCGACCUCACCAUCACAAACACUCUGUUUAGGCUUCGCGACAAAUUCAAAACCACCUGGAUGCACCCGCGUUCUAAACACUGGCACCUCCUCGAUUACGCGAUAACGCGACGAAGGGACAUCUCCCAGGUGCAUAUCACACGCGUUAUGCGCGGCGCGCACUGCUGGACUGACCACAGGCUUUUGGUAACUAAGUUGAGACUCCGCCUUCGUGAACCACGAAGACCCUGCAGGGCUAAACCAAUAUCUCUCAACUUAGAUCGACUGGAUUGUAAAGAUCUUCAAGAAUUCCAGAAAGGCCUAAAAGAUGCGCUAGAUGUGUUUGAUGCCCAGCAAGGUGACUUAAUAUCAAAAUGGAAACAGAUCUCAUCCACCGUACUGACUGUGGCUACGGAAACCAUAGGAUACAAAAAACGAAACAACGAGGACUGGUUUGACCAGAAUGAUAGGGCCCUAACUGAAGCAUUCAAACAGCAUCGUGUACUCAUAAAGCGUAAUGAAGGAAAUCAUGAAUCCAGUCAAGAAGUCCGAAGUAGUGGUGAUUCCUUAAGGAAAUUAACGAGGAAGAUGAAAGAUAGAUGGUGGCUUGAAAAGGCAAAAAAGAUACAGUGGCUUGCAGAUACCCACCAACUAGGCGCUUUCUAUGAAGAAAUGCGUAAGUUGAUUGGCGUUUCCAUAAAAAACUGCACUCCGUUAAGAUCCCUAGUUGGUUCUCAAAAGCUCACUGCUAAGCAGGAUAUACUUGAUCGUUGGGCAGAGCACUUUAACCACCUGCUCAAUGUAGAUCGAUCAGCAGAUCUUGAGCAUAUAAGGCGUAUCCAUCCUCUGCCGCCGAAUGAGUCGCUUGCUGAACCACUAACUUUUGCUGAAGUUGUUCAAGCCAUCAAAGAGCAGAAAAAUAAAAGCAGUUGGCGUUGA